UUCUUGACCUAUUCCAUUAUUUUGCAUUUGGUGUUCUGUGAUUUGCUUAUAUUAUUUUGAUGUUAAUGUUAUUGUCGAGUUGUUUAUUGUUUUUAUCUGUGAAGUAAACGCUGGCCCAAGUGUUGUGUGUUUAUGCUGUUUAUGUUUUAAUCAAUUCCAAAGAUGCAUCUCAAUGCAGAUAUUUCUAGUGCAUUGCAGUUGUUGGAAGAUAUAAAACAAACGGUGGAUGACCUGACUGACCCAAAACUACAAGUAAAUACAUAUCAAGAUUUAAAUUUGCUCAUAUCUGUGUUGGAAAAUCCAGUUUUUAGAAGCAUAGUCACUGUACAAGAUUCUUUAAGUGAAUUGAAUCAACAACUAGGGCAGCAUCCUUCGAUUUUACCUGUAGACUUUGACAUUACAGCUGCAGGUGAAUUAGUACUAAAUGUACCACCUGCAGGAGAAUUAUAUGAUCCGGAUUAUACAGAUGACUACCCUCCUUCUAGAGAUUUUGAUGAGCAGAGGGUACCCUCUGCUCCAAUUUCACCUAGUUCACCUCAAGUAUCAACUUUCAGCGGAUCGGAUAAUAAAAUGCUAUUGCUCAAUACCCAAAAACUGAAUGGAAAUCUUUGUAAUACAGAGUCAUUAAGAAUUCUCCAAAACAACCCUACUUUUAAUGCACACGAUGACGAAAUUAUCCAUCGUUCUCCUUCUGUUGGAAGUGAUGCUUCGAAGACUGGAUCCGACAAUUUAAUGAGCAGUGAAUGGUCACAAGUGGAGAGUAUAGAUCUGAUUAAUGACGGAACUGGUUUAGGAUUUGGUAUAUUAGGUAUGAGAAAUAUGGGAGUUGUCGUUAAGACAAUUUUACCCGGAGGUGUGGCUGACAGAGAUGGCAGAUUACAGAGCGGUGAUCAUAUUUUACAGAUUGGAGAUGUUAAUUUACAUGAGAUGAACUCCGAGCAAGUGGCAACAGUUCUAAGACAAUCAGGCACACACGUGAGAUUAAUCGUCGCAAGACCAGUCGAUAUAUCUAGUACCGAAUAUAAGUAUUUAGGGAGCUCAGCACCAUUAGUACCAACUCGGUUGUUGCACGACUGCGCGGAACUAGACAGAUACUUGAUUCAACACAAGUAUCCCCCAAUUUUUCAAAAAAGCGUAGAUACAGUUACUGACGUCUUUCCACCGGAUAUCUCAAAAUCUUAUGGAAUUACCGGUCUUUCAAGAGUGCCUGCAUCACCUUCUUUGCCCUUACUUAAUUUAGAUUUAGCUGUAAAAAUGCCAGAAAUGGAGAAAUUUGUGGUGGAAUUGAAAAAGGAUGCUAACGGUUUAGGAAUUACUAUCGCCGGUUACGUAUGCGAGAAAGAGGAGUUGUCAGGGAUUUUUGUGAAAAGCGUCAGUAAGGGAAGUGCAGCAGACAUCAGUGGCAGAAUUAAAGUUAACGACAGGAUUGUGGAGGUCGACGGGCAAUCCUUACAGGGUUACACCAAUCUCCAAGCCGUGGAAGUUUUAAGAAAUUGUGGAAACGUUGUAAAACUAUGUUUGGAACGAUAUCUGCAUGGUCCCAAAUACGAGCAGCUCCAACAAGCCAUCGCUGCAAGCGAGAUAAAACCGGCAUCGCCAUCCUUACCACCUGACGUUCCACGAUUUCCUAAGGAAGAAGGAAGUUUAAUUCUUAAUGGUGACAGUAAAGACGACUCCAUACAGACGCAUAAUGAAAUAUUUACUAGCUUUAAUAAAAAAGAGGAGCCUGCUCGGGAACCUGUCAAUGAGGAAUUGUUAAGAAAAAAGUGGGAAAAACUUAUGGGGCCAGAUACGGAGAUAGUUAUAGCGCAGCUUACGAAAUUUGGGGAAAAAGGAGGUUUAGGCAUUAGCCUAGAGGGUACCGUCGAUGUCGAAGAUGGACAAGAAGUGAGGCCACAUCACUAUAUACGAUCAAUUCUCCCAGAAGGCCCAGUAGGGAAAAACGGGACACUAAAAUCCGGCGACGAACUGUUAGAAGUGAACGGUCAUAAAUUAUUAGGAAUGAACCAUCACGAAGUGGUGAGCAUUCUCAAAGAGUUACCUGUAAAUGUCUGUAUGGUCUGUGGCCGUAGUCCCAUAAAUUUAUUUGCGCAACGUGACGAUCCUUUUGCAGAACGGGCCUCAUUAAGUCGCAGCUUACAUAACUUACUUCCAGCUUCAGAUAGACUAGUAAAAGCCAAAUCCGACGGAUCCUUAGCGAGUAGCAUAGCCGUCGUAGGUCCAUCAGAUCAAUCCUUUACGAAGAUGAAGUCUCGUUCUUUAGAACCGUUAACCGGACUAGCUAUGUGGAGUUCCGAACCGCAAAUUAUAGAAUUAGUGAAGGGCGAGAGGGGUCUAGGCUUUUCCAUUUUAGAUUACCAAGACCCGAUCGACCCCAAUGACACGGUUAUCGUUAUUAGGAGUUUAGUGCCGGGCGGGGUCGCUCAGUUAGACGGUAGACUGAUCCCUGGUGACCGAUUGCUGUUUGUGAACGAUACUGUUUUAGAAAAUGCCUCGUUAGAUCAAGCCGUUCAGGCCCUGAAAGGGGCUCCAAAAGGUAUAGUAAGGAUAGGUGUAGCUAAACCGUUGCCUAUUCCAGACACAGUUGCUCAUAGUUCAUUGGUCGACGUUGAUCCUAAUAGAUAUGUAACCACCAAUUCUGUACUUAAUUAGUAACUUUAUUUUAGAUAUAAUUAUCCCUUUACUUAUGCUUUUUUUUAUAAAAGAAAUUGGAUUUUUAUGUACUUUCGUACUUUAAAUUCUAUACUUUACAUUAGUGACGAUAUUUUAUAGUCGCUAGCUAGCAAAAAUUUUAUAUAAGCAAUUUUUUAAGCAAUAGGGCGUAUGCCUUAUGGCAUACUAAGACUUGAAAAUUGUUCUCUGAGAAAUGGAAAACUACUGUUUUGGGCAAUGUUCUUUUCGAAUAUCUCGGAAGCAAUAUUAUGAAAAUAUACAUACAGCAUAUUCCAAUUUAUAGUAGUACUGGCCAUUAAUAUAAGUAAAACACAAAGAAGGUCUUGACUUAGUCUACUGUGGUUUUUUUUUAUUUAAAGAUUAAACCAGGGUUCGUAGCUGCCGGGAAAACCGGGAAUACCGGAAAGUCAGGAAAUUUAUUAUUUUUUAUAAAAAAACGGGGAAU